AUGGUAAGAAUAUUAACCCUGACCCUCCAAGAAUCCUUCAGCAUCUACCCAGAGGUUAAGGUGGAUAAUGCCACCAGCAUUGUCCUUAUUGAAAUACCAGAUGAAGGAAGCAAAGAGGAUUUGGAGGACGAGACUUGCUACACAGAGCACAACUUGUCGCUGCUGCUGCAGGAGAAGGAAAGUCUGGAGAAGACUCUUGAGGAGGAGCGGACCACGUGGGCCCAGACAGAGCACAGAAUGAAAGGUACUAUAGAAAGGCUUCGUACAAAGGUUGAGUAUUUGUCCAACACAAACAUGUCACUCAAGCAGCAGCUGUCCAUGAUUCACACGUCCAGUUUGAAACAUCUAACCAACGACAGCGAGAACCAGUCCAUUUUGCAAGAGUUACUGCAACACAUGUCUGAGGAGCACACCCAGCUGCUGCACCACCAUCUAGCACAGCCACGGCUGUACGCUCAGGCCUGCGCAUUAUCCAAAUCAGCCCCCGAGGAAUCUGCAGCUAAAUCACAGUCUUGGUACCAGACCUGGCUGACCAAUCACAGGACAUCUCACACAUGGCCAUGAUGUCGUCCUCGGAGGGCACCCUUGGGAACAUGGAGCAGACAGUCGUCAUGACGAUAACGCCUGAGGAGGAUUCGGAGCCGUCGGCAACAUCGUGGAUAACCCCGGAGAUACUGUGGGACAUGACUCCUUGACUUUGGAUUAGGACGUUCACUUGUCACCAAAUGACAUUCUGUACCAACUGACAAGCGAGGGACUGUCACCAAGACAUGCCACCUCUGAGUCGGGUCACGUUUAUCAAUCAGGUAGAACUCAUUCACAUCACAACACAGGCUGUGAUGUCACGCAACAGGAUUUUCACAAGAACAAAAGUUGAAAAUUGGUUCUUUCCAACAGCAUGCCAAAAAUAUUCUGCCCCGAUGGCUUUGACAAAAGAACGUUUGAUGACAACAUGUCAAAUGAGGGACCACCAUUAAAAUGUGGGAGAACUAACAGCCUGAAAGCCACUUAACUAAAUAAAACC